AGCCUCCAGGGUCACCAUGGAAAUAAUUUGUCUGCGCACAUCCCUGGCCUUCCUUAUCCUCCCUCUCAUUGUGCUUGGGGCACCCACCGAUGAACCCAACCUCACAGAACCAACCCCUGGUGCUUGCAGGCGCUGUUGUGACCCACUGGACUCCUCCACAGAUGCCUCACCACUCCCUCCCAGUCACCACCACUCGCCCUACCCAAUGCCAGAGGUCCGUCCAUAUAUCAAUAUCACCAUACUGAAGGGAGAAAAAGGAGACCGAGGAGAGCCUGGGAUGCCAGGGAAAUGGGGCAAAGAAGGGCCUCGUGGUGAGCGGGGUGCCCAGGGUGAGAAAGGCAGUAAAGGACAGAUGGGCACAGCAGGGGACCCCUGCAAGCAUCAGUAUGCUGCAUUCUCCGUGGGUCGCAAGAAAGCACUGCACAGCAGCGAGGGCUACCAGGUCUUGAUCUUUGACACAGUCUUCGUCAACCUCUACAGCCACUUUGACAUGUUCAAUGGCAAGUUCUACUGCUAUGUAGGCGGCCUUUACUACUUCAGCCUCAACGUCCACACCUGGAACUUCAAGGAGACCUAUAUGCACAUCAUGCACAAUGAAGAAGAGGCAGUCAUCUUGUAUGCCCAACCCAGUGACCGCAGCAUCAUGCAGAGCCAGAGCCUCAUGCUGGAGCUGCAGGAAAAUGAUGAGGUCUGGGUGCGGCUCUACAAGCGGGAGCGGGAGAACGCCAUUUACAGUGAUGAUGUUGAUGUGUACAUCACCUUCAACGGGUAUCUGGUCAAGCCCAGCCUUGACUAACUGCCUCCUCCUGCCCCCUGGGCCUCUCUGGGCUUUCUCUUCUUCCUCUCUCUCUCUCUCUGUAUUGCCCACAACCACUGCAAACCACUUGGAAAUGGGCCGGGCAAGUCUCAGGCACUGAGCAUGAGACUUGCCAUGUUGUCUCCCACCUCAUGCUCCCUCCUCUAUAGCCAGGCCUGUAUCUGUGCAUUACAGCAUGACACUACUAUCUCUUACCCCCUCAACUCAUUACCCUAACUUAGGUUCUUGACUUGUUCUAUAAACGGCCAGCAGGCUGUAUCUGGCACAUGGAGUCCUGGAGCAGGAGGGAAGCUAAAGUGCUGUUCCUGGGGAUGGUUCCCUCCUUGGGAUUUCAUGCACAAAGGACUCCUAUAGAAAGGGCUAGAAAGUUCCCACUGCCUAGGUGCAUCCUGGCUUCUCUCUGUCCUGACUGGAUGUGCCAGUUUCGCAGCCUGCAACAUGACUCUACUGUCAACUCUCCUGCCUGUAGACUGGAGAAUGGACUGGGGUCUGUUGGCUCCUUGUAGCAUGAUGAAAAUGCAGGACCGGUGAGAGAUGAUACUGUCUUUCCAAAUAGGGGACCACCAGCCUUCCAAAGUAUGUCGUUGACUUGCCUUAGACACCAUUUUGUGUCACAAAGCCCUCAGGUUACAGCCCAGACUUCUGGAUUUUGUGGCCCUUCCCCAGCCUAGGUUGGCUGUAAGGCCUAGGCCGGGUGGGAUAGUCUUCUGCUGUGUCAGCUCUAGCUUUUCAAAGAGAAAAGGGGCCUGACCCUCAGCCAGACCCUUCAGAGGCAUCUGCCUACUGAAUGAGUAGAGUCACUUUAUCUCCACUAGGGAUCAUAAGCGCAGAAUGAGAGAGAAGCCUUGCAAACCUGCUCUGCAGCACUACUCAAUUUCAUUUUCCCAGCUUGGGGAAGCCAGCCCAGUCCAGCACGAGAUAUCCCUUUCCUAAGUAUAGAUGGUGGACCUGAUGCUGCUGUCAUCUUUGGCAGAAGUGCAUCUGUGUUGUUCCAGUGAUGCCAGCAAUUAUCCCUAACACUUGCUGAUGUGAGGGGAGAGUUAGGGCAGGACCAUGGUCCCUGUAUGCCAUCAUGUCAGUCCUCCUGAAGGUGGCUCUUCCACAUCAGUACGGAGGGACAUCUGUUUCAGGACCUGAGCUAUAGGCUGUUAGGCCUAUUGCAGUUAAACCACAGUUUUCAAACCUGGACAGGCUGGUACCUCUUUGCCUCUGCGAGGGAAAAAAAGGUAGAGGUAAAUGGUGGCAUGUAAAGAGGUGAGACUUCAGCACCUUGCCCCAAUAUUAUAAACAUCCCUGUCAUAUGUUCUGUGCCCUUUUCUGGCAACCCCAUCAGAAUAACUGGGAAAAGUAUGUGGCUAAAACUCAUCCUCACGCUUCUUGUCAGGUUGGAGACGUGGUGGCCAGCAGUAGGAUUUUCUAGUACAGGUCUCACGCUGUUUUCAUUCACAUCCCUUUGGGGUUGCUAUAGUCUUGGAGGGGAGCAGAUGAGGCUGACUCAGCACUUUGGGAAACCUACUUCCACAUGUUCUGAUACUGCUGUAAACAGCAGUGCUAAGGGUUGUCUCUUUUUUGAGUCUCAGGACAGGACAAGCAGGAGAAACUGUAUUUCUCCUCUGUCCAUAACUAAUAAUGAAGUCCCUCACUUACCUAGCUUCCGUGGUCUCAUGAUUAACCAUGGUCUCUGCCUAUAGUACCUGGGACUACCAAAGCUCUCCCGUCAGAGAUAUGCAUCAGAUUAUUAAACAGGAUCAAGUCAGGUACGCUCUGCCCAGGAUGGCAAAGGCUUAGGGAUAUAGGCUAAAUAUUAAAAAUGAACUUGAGAGAAUUGCAGGCCAUUUUCUCUCUUGCGCUGAUUACUUGUCUUCCCUGCUUUGCUAAGGAAGCUAUACAAACUGGAAUGAGUUUCAGACUCUUUGUAUUCCUGAUCCUCAUCACCAUCCUUUCUUGGACUAUGGGUAUAAAAACAGGGUUCAACCAAGGUAAAGCUGGGUCCUCCCUGGUGAACCAUGUGGUGAUGGGGUCAUAGGAACAGAAGGAGACUGAGUUUCUUCCCCUCCACUAGCAGAUUGGUUGUGUGGAAUUGCUCAGAGACAAAUUUCAGGCAGUGGAGAGGAAGCAGCAUGCUGGAGGUGAUGUUCAGGACCAAAUCUCUUUAUCUCUUCCCUAGCUGCAGGCUGCAAACCCAGAUAUUAUGUAUUUACAGUGUGCAGUGCCCCUCUGUCUCCCUGAACAGAAGCAAGCCUUUCUAAGACUGAAUAUCUCCAGACAUGAGCUUCUCUGUUCCUCCUUUCCCAUUUGCUUUUUGAGUACCAGUGACAGGUCUGGGGUUCACAUGCUGCCCAUGAGCAGCCAGAUGGUGCCUGAUGUGUGUGGGAGAGGAUAGCAGGGGGACCAAAGGGUAUGCUUAACAGGCUUCUUGGUGCUAAACAAGAUGGCAAUCCCUUGGUGCUAAAUCAGAUUUCAAGAGUCUUGGGUGCUUUCUGGAAGGCGUAGUAGGCUGAGUUGUAACGUACUGUGGAAUUAAUGGUGCUUUAUAUGACAAAAACAAACUCCAAUAACUUUUGUAUAUAUAUAUUUUUUCAGUGGUAUUAAA